ACUGACAAAUGUUGAGUGUAGCUCCUGAGGAUUUAGCAUGUCAGGCUGUGUCUACACAGCUUAGGUUUCUAUUAUUAUGCAAUGGCUUAGAGGGCAGUGCUUUGCCUCAUAAUUACAGCGCCAAUCUCUGUUAGGACCAGGAGUUUGGAUGCCUCUUUCUGUACCAGCUAUUUGCCUCCUGCUCACUUAGGAGUCCUCCCUGACACUCUUACUUGUUUAUUAGCUUCUUUUUGUACCCGUGUUUCAUCUGGUUCCUAGUUUUCUUCCCUUUCCUAUGGUACAUAUUUGUUUAUUUCAGAGGUGAGGGGUCUGACUGAGUCGUGCCUGCACGGAUUCCUAUGCAGUACAAAGCACUUGCUGCAUGUUGCAUCGUCAGAAGAGGAGUCUCAGGGAUUGACACGCUCGGACUUCACUGAAUCAGGCUGCAUCUGACAAACAAUCUCGUCUACAUUUUGGUUUGCUAGAGAUCAGCUGGGAUUUUUCUGAUUCUAUCUUCUUUUGAAUAAAAGGAUGCAUGGAAUAGAAAGAAGGUCUAAGUGCCUGUCUGAGACUAUUUUACCAAACCUGGGAUAAAUGUUACUUCUCAAAGGUACUGUUGCGUGAUUUACAAUGGAAAAAUUGCUCUGCGGCAUCCUGGUGUUUGGAAUGGCUGUCACAGUCAACGCUUGUCCCAAAUAUUGUGUCUGUCAGAACCUGUCUGAGUCACUGGGGACUUUGUGUCCCUCCAAGGGUCUCCUUUUUGUACCACUGGACAUAGAUCGAAGGACUGUUGAACUCCGUCUUGGGGGCAACUUUAUUAUCAAUAUCAGCCGACAAGAUUUUGCCAAUAUGUCUGGACUUGUUGACCUUACUUUGUCCAGAAACACCAUUAGUUACAUACAGCCCUACUCUUUCACCGACUUGGAGAGUCUUCGGUCUUUACAUCUGGACAGCAACAGGUUGCCUGAGAUUGAGGAGGAUACUUUAAGAGGUUUAAUUAACCUUCAGCAUUUGAUUUUAAACAACAACCAGCUAAGCAGCAUUUCUGAUGAAGCCUUUGAGGAUUUUUUACUGACAUUGGAAGACUUGGACCUUUCCUACAACAACCUCCGAAGCAUUCCCUGGGAAUCUAUAAGAAAGAUGAUAAACUUGCAUCAGCUCAGUUUAGACCACAACCUAAUAGAUUAUAUAACAGAGGGGACAUUUGCAGAUCUUCAGAAAUUGGCCAGAUUGGAUCUAACAUCCAACAGACUUCAGAAGCUCCCUCCUGACCCUAUAUUUGCCAGAUCACAAGUAAUUCCUUUGGUUGUUACCCCAUUUUCACCACCUCUGUCCCUCAGCUUUGGAGGAAAUCCACUGCAUUGCAACUGUGAGCUACUGUGGUUAAGGCGGCUUGAUAGAGACGAUGAUAUGGAAACCUGUGCUUCUCCUCCAAGUCUAAAGGGAAGGUACUUCUGGUACGUACGGGAAGAGGAAUUUGUUUGUGAGCCUCCUCUUAUUACACAACAUACUCACAAGCUGCUGGUCUUGGAAGGGCAAACUGCCACGCUGAAGUGCAAAGCCAUUGGGGAUCCCACUCCCAUCAUUCACUGGGUGGCCCCUGAUGAUCGUCUCAUCGGAAACUCCUCGAGGACAGCUGUCUAUGACAAUGGCACCUUAGAUAUACACAUCACCACCUCCAAGGACUACGGAACUUUCACAUGCAUAGCAGCCAAUGCUGCAGGAGAGUCCACUGCAACAAUUGAACUCUCAAUUGUUCAGCUCCCCCAUCUCAGCAACGGCACAGGCAAAGCAGCUCCACCGAAAUCCAGGCUCUCAGACAUCACCAGCUCCACCAAGUCCAAUCGUGGCGAAACAAAAGGUCCACCAGAAAGGGCUGUCCUGGUGUCAGAUGUGACCACUACCUCAGCUUUGGUCAAAUGGACAGUGAGCAAGUCAGCCCCUCGGGUAAAAAUGUAUCAGCUGCAGUAUAACUGCUCGGAUGAUGAAGUCCUGAUCUACAGGAUGAUACCAGCUACAAACAAGGCCUUUGUUGUAACCAACCUUGUUUCUGGAACAGGCUAUGACCUCUGUGUCCUGGCAAUGUGGGAUGACACGGCCACAACCCUUACUGCCACCAAUAUUGUGGGAUGUGCCCAGUUCUUCACCAAAGAAGACUACCCUCAGUGCCAGUCGAUGCACAGUCAGUUCCUGGGUGGGACCAUGAUUCUAAUCAUUGGAGGCAUCAUUGUGGCAACCCUGUUGGUAUUCAUUGUAAUUCUCAUGGUCCGCUAUAAGGUCUGCAACAAUUCCCAGGGCAAGAUGUCAAAUGUCAGCAACGUCUACUCACAGACAAAUGGAGCACAACCAGUUCAGAACGGAGUCUUGCCCCAGGUCAAUCCCAAAGUGGUGGUGAGAAAUGAACUUAUGGAAUUUAACUGUCAGUCUGCGCGGAGCAGCAUCUCCUCUUCCUCCAGCUCCGCAAAUAGCCGUGACUGUGACAACUACAGCCUCCAAAGUGAACAGGGCACAUUGUCCAGUAAAUGGAGGCCUCCUUCCCGGUCAAAACACAAUAUUGACCGGCUAAUGGGAGCUUUUGCCUCCCUGGAACUGAAAUGUCAGAAAAAGGAGGAAAUGACAGACUCCAGAACUUCCACGGUGGCCCGCCACUCGGACAAAGAGCCACUGCUGGGCCAGACAGAGUCCAAACUCCGCAGCUUCCUCAUGUUGCCUCUGGAGGGCAAAACUAAACGUAGCCAUUCUUUUGACAUGGGGGACUUUGCCACAUCUCAGUGUUGCACCUACCCAAAAAAGAUAACAAACAUUUGGACAAAGAGAAGCCUCUCGGUCAACGGCAUGCUUUUGCAGUAUGAUGACAAUGACCUAACAGGGGCCAAAGGGACUUUUGGGAGCUCAGAGUGGGUAAUGGAAAGCACGGUGUAAAUAUCAGUGUCUCACCCUUUCUCUUCUCCCCUCAUGUGUUAUAAAGUGGUUUGCUUCAGGGCCGUGCAAUUGGAAGGAGAGGGGAGGAAACAUUUUCUGUUGUACUGGCCAAAAAGAUAGGCAAGCAAGUUACAGGAAAAGUAAAAGAGAAAGAGGGUCAUGAAAUGUGAAUAGGCACAUAUGGUACCAUUCCUGUCUGGCCCCAGCUAAACCAUGCGUGAAUGUUUCAAGGAAUUUGCUAGAUGUAUUUAGCAUUGCUUUCCAAAAGUUACUCAGACUCCUGGUGAUCCUUCACACAAGAUUAAACAAGGAGGAUGAAAAAGAUUUUAACAGCAGAAAUUUAAUUUUACAAUGUUUCUUUUUACUUUCUUUCUUUCUUUCUUUUUGUUUGGGGUUUGUUUUUUUUUUAAUGGCACCUUUUUUUUUCUUCUUCUUUUUUAACCACAGAAAUACACUUCUGUGGAUGUGACUGGUGCUAGGAUCUAUCUGGUUGUCAUUCCAAGGAAUUUUCUCAAAAGUGCAGGCAGGGCACCCAGAGGGGCAGAUCAGAGUAGAUUGUUUAGCAUAAUCUCAUGGUCUUAACUGUGACAUUUGGGCAAACAAUAUUUGCUGUUGAAUGGACUUUUAGUUGGUAUUUAAUUAUUUCUCUUCUGUUUUGAUUUUUUACUACUUUUGAGUUGCUUUUUUCCCACAACCCAAGGUAUGUUUCCAUGCAUAUUUUGGUUUUGUUUUCAGCCUCCUCAAAUUCCCCAGAUGGAAAGGAGGAUAUGUACAAAGCUCAAAUAUCUGAUGUACUGUAUAACCCACUUCUAAUACCAUCCCUUUUUGUCCUAGGAAAAAGUAAAUCUAGGGACAAAUUUUAAAAAAAUCAUCCUCUUUCUUCCAUCUCCUUCAUAACCUCUCCCUGUCAAUGCUCAAGACAGAUUGCAGCAGAUAUCGAUAUCUGUAGGGAUGUUGCUAUCAAAGAUGGGGAAAAUAGUUAUCAGCAUACCCUAGUAAAGGAUAAAGAAAGGGGAAAGAAAAGUAGCUCCUGGGAGCCCUCCACAUCAUGGAUAGCAGUGGCUUCUGGUAGGGGUCAUGCUCUCACUCCACUAAAAUGACAGACUUGCACCCUACUGUGACAAAAACUCUUUGUCUGUACAGUCACCAUGACUUGUGUGUCUUGACUGUAUCAGUAACAUCAGAAAAAUUAAGUUUUUGUGUAUUUCAGGGGAUUGGUUAUAUUCCAAAUUACUCAACAGAAGCUGAGUAAAAUUUGGGUAUCACAGAGGCGGGGGUGUCCCAUGUAUCCCCUGCAUUACAUAAAGCCCUUCCCCAGUCUGGUGCACCCCUACUCUCCUGUCUCUCAUCCUCAGGAAGAUACUUAUAACAGGAGAUCUUCAGGGUUUGUAAACGGAUUCUCAAAUUGGUUGUUGGUGAGCAUUGCUGUGGUUGUAGAAAAUACACAUGGCCCAUCCAGCAGAAUUUAUUUUCCUUACCAAUUUUACUGUGAUUUCUAGCAUUCUGCUGGCUACUGUAACUGUCCUGUCAUUUGUCCAUUUAUUUGUUUGACCAGCUGUUGAGAACCAUUCUGAAAUUGCACAUUGUUACUAUGAUUUUGUAAAAGAGGUGGAGAAAGUAUGCAAGGCACAGAGAAAAUAACACAUGAAAAAACUCUAUGUAUAUUUUUUUUAAAAGUUUCAGAGAUAUAUUGUGACAUGGCUGUGUACUUGAUCUUGUAUUCGUCAUGUUUCCUACUUGGAGUUUUAGAUAACGACAUCCCUGUGAUCAGAAUAUUUUUUUCCUUUAUUUUCUCUUUUUUUUUUCUUUUGCUACAAAAUGUACAGUAAAAACAUCCUUGCGAAAAAAAAAGCCCCUGCUUUUAAUUUAUUUGUUAUUCUGUGGUCUGCUUUGAAACCUAAGAAGUAAUUAUUUUUUAAAUUAUCUUUAAAAUUUAGAUGUUUGCUUUUUCUUUCCCACAAACUGUCUCUGACGUCAGGAUUUUAGGUAUAAAGCAGGAAUCAAGAAAUACAUACCUUUUUGGAAUGCAUGAAAAAAGAUCUUGUAAAAGGCAUUUCACCUCUUUUUCUGUCGUUUCAUUUAUACAGGUCUAAUUUACUAAAGUACUCUGAACCCUGAUCUAAAAUCCCCAGACAGAAGAGGUAGCAUUUUUAGACUUAGGACCCAACUUUCCGUAGGUUUUUGCUCAGAUUCUUGCUCGCCAACAGCAUUAAUAGUUUCAAGAGACAUCCAGUCAAACUUUGUUUGGAACAUUUUUCAAACUCUCUGCUUUUCUCACACUUUCUGAGACGAAUGACACCUCCAGUGCCAGAAUCUACAUAAUCCAACUGUCCAGAUGGCAGUUCAUAUUAACCAUUAAUGACAUGUACAUUUAUGUUGCACUGAAAACUCUUAAAGAAAUUCUUGUAGUGAGUUAGUUAUUUUCUUUUCCUUGUUCCACUAUGGUGCAGUUGGAUAUUUUUAUGUUGCUACUUCACUCUGAACAUGACAUCUGGGUUGUUUUUAAUUUAGACAUUGAGUUCAUCUUAAAUAUUAGUAACAUAUGCAGCCAUGAAUUUUCAAAAUAUAUCACUUAAAGAUGAAUACUCUUUCACAUUCACAUAUAAAAUUAAAAGAAGUAAGCCAACAGAUGCAGUUUUAAAAUAAUGGAUAGUUGCCAAAGUACCAAGGUAAUAAAUUCCACACUCUAGCAGCUGCAUUUAUUAUGGUUAAUCAUAAUAUUAAUUCAUUUAGCUUUAAUGAAUGAGGCUCAAUCCACACCAGCUGAUUUGCAAAUACUGAGCAAAAUUAAACAGGCACCGGGCACCUACCUUUUGUGCUCACAGUACUUGGGAGGAAAGGAUUGAGGGACACAGGGGUGAGGCAGGGAGCCUCACAUUGAGUCAGCAAGUGGCCAGCCAUCAGAAAGGGUUGGAGUUACUUAUGGGUUGUGAUCAUCCUUCAGGUGCCACCAGUCACUGCUCUAUUUCCACUAUCAACAUAACAGGCCUAUGGAAUUAUCCUGUGGCUUCCUCUGUAUCCCUCUGAGAGCUGCUGAAGGCAGCUCUGCAGUUUGGGUUACAGCCUGAAUCCACGCCCCAAUUGCUAAAGUGCAAUUAGGGCCACAGGGUCCUCCACACACAAUCUGACCAAUCUCUACCUUCCCUCUGUUUUCCUUGUGUACCUCACUCAGCACCUCUGGGUUUGAUUAUUCUCCUGUAGAGCUGCCAUAGUACCAUAGUAGGGAUUCUUUUUUGCCUCACUUCUGAGCACAACCGCACAUCACUGUUUCCUGAAAUGACACGUAGGUGCCCCCUUACUUGGUGCAAUAAAUAUUUUCAUUCAUCAUUGAGGAUUCAAUGGCCUAGCCCUCUCGACUCAGAAGAGAGAAGAAGAGAGAAUUUCUACACUGACAAGUUUAUAUGGUGUCUCUCAAGUUCAUAUGGGGUAGUCGGAUGUGCAGCUGCACCAACCCUGUUUUAGGGACAAAGGUCAGGUAGCGCAGAUAGUAAGGAGAAAAACAGAGAUCAACAGGAGCCUUCAAAAAGAAAAGUCCAAGAAAUUAGGGGGGGCUAGAGAAUUUAAAGUGAAGUCUAUGGGAAUAAUUGAAGACAUCUGCAUAUGCAUAUGUAACUCCUGUAAGUUAAUUUUUUGAGGGGUUUUAUAAUAGUGGAAGUAGCUUUUUUUCUAAAAGUGUAUGUCGUUGGCUUGAAAGAAGAUAUGAUUCUACUGUUAAAUUACACAGUUAGGCCUGCUAAAAAUCCAACCCAAAUCCCCAAAAUAUCAUCCUAUCAUUCUGGAGAAUAUUAAGCAAGAUAACAAAAUGAAAAUUUCUGAAAGUAGUGAUUAUGUGGAUUUCAUUUGAUGUCUGCUAAGAACCAAAUGGUUGUAUGAAACGAAAAUAAAAGUGUGUGUGUGCCUCUGUAUGUACAUAUGCAUAGCAAAGCAGACCAGACUAUUUCCUUACAUUUAUAUCUUUACAGAUUACAUUAAUUAGAAUAUAUUUCUGGUUUCAAAUGUUCUUUCUGAGUUUAUCAGCCUAGAGCACAGCAAACUUUCCCACUUUCCUUAGAGGAAGAUAACUCAUUUGAAAUGUCUCCAAACUACACGUGGUACUUGGUUAUGAUUAGGAUUAAUUCAUUUAUACAGCAAUGCAUAAAAAAGAAAUGAGAGGUGUCUCUGCUCAACAUGAUGUGAGAUUGAAAAGGUGGUAGAUUUUCCUUUUCUAAACUUGUUUAUAUUUCAAAUCAUGGGACUGAUCUGCUCUGGCAAGAGAAGAAAAUAAUAUUCUGCUUGUUUCAUUUCCAACUCUUCACCCAGCAAAGGGUUGCAAAGACGUAAAAAAAGACAGCCCUUGGAGGUUUCUGAAUGAGUGCAAUAAAUGCAGCAACUUUAAUACAACAAAUUUAAGCACAUUCUAACCUGGAGGGCAAUGAAUAAUUGCACCUGAUAGCUAAGAAAACAUUUUAGUCUUUGAACAGCCUGAAUGUCACAUCUGCUUGCAAUGUUUUGCACCCAUUAGCCCGUGGAUAAACCACAGUACACCAUAUGGUGCCACAGUACCCCCUUCUACCCCUUGCAGCCUGUUUCUCUGGAACCUUUUCUCAGUGACUCUCUGUGUUCAGUGUUUGUAAUUGGACAAUUCUGGAUGUGGAAUUAUCGAUAAACUUUAUUAAUAUCUUGCAUAUUUCACCUUUAAAUUCCCCUAAACAUGAUGAUGAAAUCCCUCUGAAAACAUUAAAUUAGGGUUGGUUUUAGGCUGUGGGCCUGAUGAAAACCAAAUCAGAGUGCCUUGAAACUCUUGCUUUCAAUAUAGGAAUUUUAUGUUCUGCAGUAUGUUUUCCUUGUCCUAAUUAACCACUCCUUAAUCCCCAAAGGUACAGCACUCCUUAGCAUCAGCUGUCAGAAGGCCCUACUACACGAAACAGUGCCAGAUGCUUAUUCCCGGUAUUACACUUCCAACAGAUGGCAAAUGUCAGAAAUAUAAAUACACAUCCAGAUACAGAUAUAUCAGCAAGUGCAGGCAUUUGUAUGCAUGCAUAUACAUCCCCAUGCACAUGUGUAAAUUUUGCACUCUUUAUCUGUAUGGUUUAUGAUGUACAGGUUUCCUAGCUUGGUAAUAAAGGUACAUUUUCAUUUUUCAUUAAAUACUAGUGGAAGAAAGGGAGAGAGAGAGAGCAGAAACCUCUUCCUUAUAAGAAACAAAUUAGUUGAUAAGAUGUACUUCAUCCCAGCUGGGAGACAUCAGUGCUUAAAAUAAAGUUAAUUGGUGAAUGGGUUCCUUCAUUUCCUACCACCACAGCGAAGGCUCAACUCUGUUAGCUCAUUUAUUCAGCUGAUGCUCCCACCACAUGAUGCAGAUAAGUCUCCUGUCAAUGAGGACUUGUGUUCUGCAGGGAGGCAAGCAGCCACAGGGAGUUACUGUUCUGCAUUCACUGUCCUUGUUUGGGCUCUUAAAUGUGCUCUGACCAUGUUGUGCAUUAGUUAGUUACCUUGUUUCUUGGGAGAAGGCAGGAUCUCAUGUUAUACUCAGUCACAUGAGGUGCCCAGGUGCAAGGCUGGAGAAACUGGUGGGAAAGAGAAUCACUGAAAAUCAACGGCCUGUACAAGAAGAAAUUAAUAACUUUGAAUCCACAAAUCUUAGUUACCUGUGCAGUUACAGAGGUGGGCAUCAACUUAUGGCAAAAGUUUGCCCAUAAUAUUUUUUCAUGCAAUGAGAAAGUGAAUAGAUAUCUUAGAUGACACUUUUCAAGUUCCUUCUGUGGGACUAGUAAUUUUAAAAAUAUUAAUACUCCUCUUCAAUGAAUAAUGCAGACUAGUUUAAUGCUGGGCUGUUAAACACCACAUAUACCAUUUAUGUGUCAAAUCACAAGAUAGGUGUCUGAACAGGAAAAAAAGGCUGUUGUUUCAGGGAAGCUGUUCCUCUUUGACAGUGCUGUUGGUUUACAGGCAUGAAAUGCACGAUCUGAGAAGGCAAAGGCAUGACAAAAUGCCAUCUUUAUACCCUGAGUCUUGAUGAGAUUUAAAGUAAAAUCCAAAAAGCGGAUGUGUUAAUCUUCCUUCCUUUGAACAUGAGUCAGAGAAGGAAAACUUCAAAUAAUUAGGCUCAUAAAUGUGAUGUGCCAUGGACAGAAAAAUGGUGCUCCUCAGAUGGAUGAGAUCCAAGUGCUGCUGCAGCAGGGAGUUGGAUGCUGUCACUGGUAGAACAGUCAUGCACAAAGGCUGCUGAAGCAGGAUCCAAAGAGGUCACAGAUGAGACAGGAGGCAUGGAGAUGUAGGAACAUGUUAGAUCCAGCUAUUCCAUGUCUAAUAAAUCAUUAUAUCGUAGUAUCCUGUGAUAUGACACUAGUUAUUUCAGAGAAAGUACCUUUAGGAAGACUUCAGAGAACUGUGUCCCAAAGUUUGAUGGGCUGCACAUCCUUAUCCCCUUCUCCAUCAAG